AAAAUAGUAAAAUUAAAUUAAAGUUGAAAUAAAAAAUUACUGAGUCAAAAAUAUUUCAAUUUUGUCAAGAUUGCUUGUAUCCAUCAUACAUUUCUUGUUUCGCAUAAAAUUCUUGACAAAAUGAAUACGAUUACGUAAAUCUGCGAUUUGGUAAACGAUACAAUUUUUAUAAUUUCUUGAUUCAUUAUUUGAUACAAAAACCUUUUUAGAAGACAAAAAGAAUACGAUUACGUGAAAUUGCGAAUUGGACAAACGAUAACCACGAUUUGGCCGCCACGUCCAGAAGCUUCAAUCAAAAGAGAAACAAACAGCUAUACUAAGCACCACCAAAUUUUCCGCAUCAUAUACCUGCACAUAAAAAGGAAUCAAUUCUCCACUGAUAAGAGGCCCCAAAUUCCCUGAUUUCAAUCACUUUUAUCAGCUGAUAAUUUACUCUGUUAAGCUUUGAUCGAGCUUUGCAGCCAUGGAGAAAUCGGUGAUGGUGAUAGGCCUCGACGACAGCGAACACGGCUUCUACGCUUUGAGUUGGACUCUCGAUCACUUCUUCUCCGGCCCGCCGGAAAAUUCCCAUUUCAAGCUCGUUGUGGUCCAUGCCAAGCCUUCUCCGGCGACCGCCGUCGGCCUUGUUGGCCCCAGUGCUGCUGAGGUGCUGCCUUAUGUGGACUUGGAUCUGAAGAAGAUUGCGUCCAGGGUUUUGGAGAAGGCCAAGGAAAUUUGCGCUGCUAAAUCGGUGAAUGAUGUGAUAUUUGAAGUUGUCGAGGGUGAUGCCAGGGGUGUUCUCUGUGAGGCUGUGGAGAAGCACCAUGCUUCUGUAUUGGUUGUUGGCAGCCAUGGUUAUGGAGCUAUAAAAAGAGCCGUUUUAGGCAGCGUAAGCGAUUAUUGCUCUCACCAUGCUCACUGCUCGGUGAUGAUAGUGAAAAAGCCCAAGAUCAAACACUAAUUGCAUUCUUCAAAUGAAUUGGAAUUAUGGUGUGUGUUUCUAUUGUCAAUGGUAUUAAAUAAGUAUUUAGCUGUGCAACCAGCAUGACAGUGGUUUCAUUCACUUUCAUUGUUUCAAGGGAAAGUCAGUUUGUCUCAGACUGAGUGAGAUAUGUUCUGCAUGUGCAAGCAAUUCAAUAUGUUUGUACUGAACCCAAUAGUUGCUUGUCUUGUAUUUUAAGUUUAUCUCCUUCUAGUUUAUUUUAUUUUCUGAUGGAUUUCUUUGUGGUUAUGGCUCACCUAUACAUAUAUUAAUUAAGGCAAGACUUAAAUUAGUAAUAACAUCUUUUCCAUUCAUUUUUUAGACUAGUAAAAUGCAUGUGUCUGUUGCAUGGUUAAAGAAAUUUAUAAAUUAAUUAAUCUUGUCGAUCACUU